CGCGGUCUCAGCGUCGACCGGCACGUAUUGUAAACAAACUCUCACCCCCACUACACGCGCAAUCGGAUUUGUUUUCGAAUGAAUAUACUACGUUGGUAAAGAGUGCCUACUAUCGGACCGGACAAAAUGAAGGUAACGUUUUGCACGGACAUGGAGAAAUCCGUGAUAGUCCAUAAUCUUGAGAAGAGAGGUUGGCUGCAAGUGGGUCCCGAAGACGAUUGGAAUUUUUACUGCAGGGCCGUCACACAAUCGUGCAGGAACAUUUUUAGCGUGGAAACUGGUUACCGUAUGGGCGACAAUCAGACUAUCAACCACUUUCCUAAUCAUUACGAGUUGACACGCAAGGAUUUACUGGUGAAAAAUAUCAAAAGAUACCGAAAAGACUUGGAGCGCGAAGGCAAUCCUUUGGCCGAGCGAGGAGAAGGACCCGGAAAGUAUCUUCAUCUUGAUUUCAUCCCAGUAACGUUUGUUCUACCGGCAGAUUACAAUAUGUUUGUCGAGGAGUAUCGGAAGUCACCACAGAGCACAUGGAUCAUGAAACCUUGCGGGAAAUCUCAAGGUGCCGGAAUAUUUCUUAUAAAUAAGCUUAGCAAGUUAAAAAAAUGGUCGAGAGAAGCGAAAAAUCCUUUCAAUCCGAAUUUAACUAAAGAGUCUUAUGUAAUUUCGAGGUACAUAGACAAUCCACUUUUAAUCGGUGGAAAGAAGUUUGAUCUUCGACUCUACGUUUUAAUUACGUCAUUCAGGCCUCUAAAAGCCUAUUUGUUUAAACUGGGAUUUUGUCGCUUUUGUACUGUUAAAUAUGACACGAGCAUUCAAGAAUUGGAUAAUAUGUAUGUUCACUUGACCAAUGUUUCCGUGCAAAAGCAUGGGGAAGAGUACAACAUAAUGCACGGCGGAAAAUUGAGUGUUCAAAAUCUCCGUCUGUAUUUGGAAAGCACACGAGGAAAAGCCGUAACAGAAAAAUUGUUCGCAAAUAUUUCGUGGUGUAUCGUACACUCUCUAAAAGCUGUGGCGCCUGUUAUGGCAAACGAUCGGCAUUGUUUCGAGUGCUACGGUUACGAUAUUAUCAUUGAUAAUAAAUUGAAACCAUGGCUGAUCGAGGUCAAUGCGUCGCCUUCUCUCACUUCGACAACUGUUAACGACAGAAUUUUGAAAUAUAAAUUGAUCGAUAAUAUAGUUUCAGUUGUACUACCACCUGAUGGAGUUCCUGAUGUGAGAUGGCCGAAAUGUCCUUCGCAAGAAGCUAUGGGUAAUUUUGAAUUACUUAUAGAUGAGGAAUUGGCUGCUCAAGACGAACGAGAUAAUUCAGGGAAAUAUAAGAAUGCGUCAAAGUGGAAAUGAGUAAACUACACAUUUUUUUA